AUGGCAAACCCAGGUAACGUUGCAGGUGGUCUCAAGGCGACCAUCAACAACCCUAACGUCUCAGAACAAGCCAAAGCCAACGCCGAGCACAGAUUAGAAACCGAAGAAUUUCCAUCGGUGGCCGACGAAGCAAACCAAUCCAAGAACCCAAACAACGUCGUUGGAGGUAUGAAAGCUGCCAUCAAUAACCCUAACGUUUCUGAAGAGAAAAAAUCCGAGCUUCGCUCUAAACUCGAUGACGCAUAA